AUGUUCUUCACACUAGGCCGAGGCAAAAGCCUCCAGGUCGGCGUUACAAUAUGCUGUCUAAUUGCGUUCGAUUGGUUAAAUCAGUUUGGCCACCCUUCAGACUCAGAAACCGGCAUUAUCGUGUCGUGUUACAACUUGGGGUGUCUGACAGGUUGUGUCCUCAACUUCAUCUUCGGCGAGAAGCUGGGCCGCCGCAAGACCAUUUGGACCGCUAUGAGCCUCGUCAUCGUCGGCGCCACUCUUCAAGCGACGGCUUUUACCGUGCCUCAUCUGGUUAUUGGGCGCUUGGUCACCGGCUUCGGCACGGGAAUGAAGACAUCGACUGUCCCCAUGUAUCAAUCCGAGCUCUGUGAUCGAAAAUACAGAGGUCGACUUGUCUCUGCCGAAACCUUGUUCGUCGGCGUGGGCAUCGUGUUCGCAUACUGGUUUGUUCCUGACUGCACGGAUACCUCCGGUGAAUUUCUGUGUAAUGCUAACGUCCACAGGUUCGACUUUGGUAUGUCAUUUGUCGGCGGGCCAAUCGCUUGGAGACUGCCCCUCGCGUUUCAAAUCAUUUUCGCGCUCAUUGUGGUGGUUCUGGUCUUUGCCCUCCCUGAAUCUCCCCGGUGGCUAUUCAAACACGGCCGCGAGCAAGAAGCCGUCCAGGUUCUCUGUGACGUGUUCGACAAAGAACCGACCGAUGAGUACAUCCGAGCCGAGGUCCAUGCCAUUCACCACGCCAUCGAGCUAGAAGCCGCUGAGAACAAGUCGUCUUCCUGGAUCAGCAUCUUCAAGAAUGAUCGUCUGAGAACCGGCCACCGCGUGUUGCUAGCAUGGGGAGCCCAGUUCAUGAACCAGCUGGGAGGCAUCAACCUUGUCGUCUACUAUAUCCCAUCCGUACUAGUGCAAAACGUAGGUAUGACGCCUCACAUGGCCCAAAUCAUUGGUGGCUGUGUGCAGAUGAUGUUCAUGUUCGGAUCCAUCCUGCCGGCGCUGGCCUUGGACCGAAUGGGUCGUCGCAAGACGAUGAUGUGGGGAAGUGCGUACAACCUAAUAUUCGGCAUGGGAAUGAACUGCGUUCCAUGGGUCGUUGUUCCAGAGAUCCUACCUCUACACGCACGAACUCGAGGUACUGCCGUAGGCAUUAGUUCCAACUGGCUAUGGAACUUCUUUGUCGUCAUGAUUACCCCGGUCAUCAUCAAUCGUCUUCAGUGGAAGGCCUACCUUAUCUUUGUUGUUACCAAUUUCUUGUUUGUGCCAAUCAUCUACUUCUUCUAUCCUGAGACGAGUAAUUUCAGAUUGGAAGACAUCGACGACUUCUUCACAUCGGGUGGCAACCCGGUCAAGAUUGCGAAGGAAAUGUCAAAGGCAAUGGGGACGAGGAAUGAUGCCGAAAAACUGUCAAGCGUUUCUGAGAAGGAAAGGGUGGAGGUCGAGCACUCGUGA